AUGAGCUCUCAAGAUGAACCACCAGGGAAGAGGCGUGAGUCUCGAUCGGGGACAAGGAAAGUCUCAACUCUGUCAGCCGAACAACUAGAGCGAAAGCGUGCCAACGAUCGAGAGGCUCAGCGGUCCAUUCGCCAACGCACCAAGGAGCAUAUAGAACAACUCGAAGCCCAGGUCUCUGCGCUCCAGUCACAGAUUGCGGAGAUGCGGCUGCAAAACGAACGGUUCGAUGAAGUAGUCCAACAGAACGCCUUUUUGGAGAAUGAAAUGGUCCGAUUGAAGCAUCAAGUUGCUUCUUUAACUGGCCGAUCGGAAUUUGCAUCAACUAAUGAACCCAUGACUCCGUUUCGAAGUGAGUGGUCUUUGGAAGAAGCCUCGAGUAGUGCAUUACCGGGCAUCCCAACAGCGGGGGCACUACUACCGCCACAAUUCACUGCAACAUCCCACACUCAAAGACCAUCGGGCCUUUCAUCAUCAUAUCGAGGGCCUCAUCAGCAAGACUGGCAACAACCAUAUCCGUCCACAAGAUCGCCGUCGCUUGGUGCAGCCUCCAAUCCGGAAUUCCCUAGCCGUAUGGAGCCAUAUCCAAUACAUGGUCAAAUGCAUCAAGGACAACCAAUACGCCCACAUCAGCAACAACCGGAAUCUUCUUUCCCCGAAUUCGCUUACAGCAACCGGUCACUCUCCAUGUCAAGUGCUAGCCCCGUUGCUCAGCCAACUCCCGCCCAAGCGUACCAAUCCUCCGCAUCAACGUACCCGCAACCGAUGCCUCAACCGCAACAGACAGAUCCGACAUACGAGUAUCCAUGGGUGCCUCCAUCAUGA